GGGCGCUAAAGUGUAAAGCAUGUUAAAGCAGCGCUCUGGGUUAUCGGCGCCAGCAGCAGCUUCCUGUUACAUGUGAGCAGUGUGGUGAGGAGACACCACCAUGGAUAUCCGACCAAACCACACGAUUUACAUCAACAAUAUAAAUGACAAAGUCAAGAAAGAUGAGAUGACGCGGUCGCUCUACGCGCUCUUCUCUCAGUUCGGUCAGAUCAUAGAUAUCGUGGCGGUGAAGACUAUGAAGAUGAGGGGUCAGGCCUUCGUCGUCUUCAAAGAGCUCGCUGCCGCCACAAACGCACUGAGGCAACUUCAGGGCUUCCCCUUCUACAACAAACCCAUGAGGAUACAGUACGCAAAGACAGACUCAGAGGUCAUCGCUAAAGUGAAAGGCACGUUUGGCGACAAGGAUAAAAAGAAGGACAAGAAGAAGAAGCCUCAGGAGCCGCCAACCAGCAUGCUAAAGAAACCAGCGGGAUCAGCAGCUCCUGCAAUCUCAGGCUCAACACAGGUGCCAGACAACCCUCCAAACUACAUCCUGUUCCUCAACAACCUGCCUGAAGAGACCAACGAGAUGAUGCUGUCCAUGCUGUUCAACCAGUUUCCUGGUUUCAAAGAGGUGCGACUCGUCCCGGGGAAACACGACAUCUCCUUCGUGGAGUUUGAGAGUGAGAACCAGGCGGGCGUGGCUAAAGACGCGCUGCAGGGCUUCAGGAUCACAGCCACCUGCGCCAUGAAGAUCACGUACGCCAAGAAGUAGAUCCCCGGGGGUGAUCCGCAGACAUAAAGAGACUCUGGGAGGGGAGAUGGUGGUCCCUUGAUUUCCGUUGUUUGUCCACUUCGUUUUUAUUUCUGUAAAUCUCCCUUCUCCUCUUUUUUUUUUCUGUUAUUACUUUGUGUUGUGGAGGUCGGGUGGAUGAUCACUGGCCUGAAUCUUUUUUUUUGUAAAAUAAAAGGCUUUUACAUACA